AUGUGUAACACCAAGGUGCAACGACUGUAUAAUAUUCUAUGUGACGACUCCAAGUCAUGGAGGGAUAUGUGUGAUAGCGCCAGCGUCGACAAGUCGAAGUGCUCCAGCCAACUUGUCUGUUUCACGUCCACCGCGCAAACAGAACUUCUAGUUGAUCAUGCUACGGGCAAGGCUGCAAGCGGCAUCGUAUUCAAAGACGAAAACCCAGAGCUCGCGACAAACGGCAUCAUCGCAAACAAGCAAUUUCCAGGUCCAUUAAUAACUGCUCGUAAGAAUGACAAGAUCGAGGUCAAUGUUGUCAAUUUGCUCAGUGAUCAAUCCAUAGCUCAGGGAAUGUCUAUUCAUUGGCACGGAAUGUUUCAGGAUAGAACUGCAUCUCAAGAUGGUGAUGCAUUGGUUACUCAGUGCCCCAUUGCCGCAGGCUACUCGUUCAAGUCCGUGUCCCUUGUUCUCCUCCUUGAUAUGAAUGAUGAAUCCGGCGCAGAUAUAGCUUUGAUGUUGGAAAUCAGUCUGGCAAAAUCUGCAGAACGUUCUGGUAUCACUCGCACAUAA